GAAAUCUGUUCCUUCUUUUGCUUCUUAGGAGACAUGGAGUCCAAAGAUCAAGGAGUAAAAGAUCUCAACAUGGAAAAUGACCAUCAGAAAAAGGAGGAGAAGGAAGAAAAGCCGCAGGAUACAAUCAAAAGGGAGCAGGCUGGGGCCCUGACUGAGGGUGGCAGAAACUGUGCACCUAGAGGAAGUCGCAGGCGAUUCCGUGUUAGGCAGCCCAUCGUGCACUACAGAUGGGACCUGAUGCAGAGGGUUGGGGAGCCCCAGGCAAGGAUGAGAGAGGAGAAUGUACAAAGGUUUGGGGAGGAUAUGAGGCAGCUCAUGGAGAAGCUAAGGGCAAAGCAGCUGAGCCACACUAUGCGGGCUGUUAGCACUGACCCCCCUCACCAUGACCACCGUGAUGAGUUUUGCCUUAUGCCCUGAGUCGGGAGGUUUUCGCUGAAGAUGAUAUGGGGACCCCUGCUUUGUGAUGUACAAGUUUUGACGUUACUGCUUUUGUGUAGAUCUCUUCCUGUUACCAGCUUCUAAUUGAAACUUGUGUUUUUUACUCGGCCUGUAAUUCUUUUGUUAGCAGAAUUUAUCAGUUGCAUGGGAAGAUCCAUAUUACAUAUUGUGAACCUAAUAAAGCAGAUUUAAAAGGCA